UUAUUAUUAUCUUCUAUUAGAGAAAUAUAUUGGCCUAUUAGAGGACGGAAUUUAGCUCGAAAAUGUUACUUACAAUGUACGCGAUGCUGUCGAUUCAGAGGUGAAACAGUUACUCCCACUAUGGGUUACUUACCACAGCAGCGACUUCUAGCUGGUUUUCCUUUUGAAAAUAUUGGUUUGGAUUAUGCAGGUCCAAUCCAAUCAGCAGUUCGACAAGGUCGAGGUACAAAAUUAGUUAAAGUUUAUAUUGCUAUAUUUAUUUGUUUUACAACAAAAUCAAUUCACCUCGAGUUAGUAGGUGAUUUAUCUAGUAAUACAUUUAUUUUAGCUUUAAAGAGGUUUAUCUCACGUAGAGGAAAGCCGAAAAAUAUAUAUUCCGAUAACGGCCGUUCAUUUGUCGGUGCAUACAAUGACAUUUCGAGCUUUCUUAAAGCAAAUUGUGAUUCGGUAACUGAAGAGAUGUCAAAGGAAGGUAUAAACUUUCAUUUUAUCCCGGCAUACUCCCCUCAUUUUGCUGGUCUUGCGGAGGCUGGCGUAAAAUCAACUAAACAUCACUUAGUUAGAGUGUUGGGCCUUUGUAACCUUUCUUACGAAGAACUGUACACCACUUUAGUCCAAAUUGAAGCUAUCUUAAACUCAAGACCACUGACGCCAUUAUCAUCAAAUCCCGAUGAUUUAACGCCAUUGACGCCAGGACAUUUUUUAAUUGGACACCCUAUGGUAUCAUUACCAUCGCCAAACUACGAACAUCGCUCUGUGAAUUCCUUAACUCGCUUCCAACGAAUAGAACAGCUCAGACAACAUUUUUGGACUCGAUGGAGCAAGGAAUAUAUAUCGGAACUUCAGAUAAGAACCAAAUGGAGGUCAUGUAAAGGUUCGCUGAAACUCAACUCUUUGGUUCUUUUAAAAGAGGAUAACUUGACACCACUAAAAUGGAGAAUGGGGAGAAUCGUGGCUGUCCAUCCUGGUCCAGAUGGGAUCGUCAGAGUUGCAGAUGUCAAGACGUCUAACGGCGUAGUUCGAAGGUCAUUUAGCAAAAUUUGCCCAUUACCCGACCUCCCUGAAGAUGAAAAUUCUGGUUGAAAGGAAAUCUUUCAACGUCCGGGGGUAUGUUGGCGCAAGCGCCUGUUAAAAUUGUGAAGCAAUUUAGUAUAUGGACGUUACGGAACGAUUU